AUGACCCCAGACCAGGCCAUAAAGGGCAGUGCCAAGGAUAGUGCCACUGAGGUCAUGGCGUUCGAGUCCAUCCAGCGUUUGACUCCAUCCAGCGUUCGAGUCCAUCCAGCGUUCGAGUCCUGUUUCUGGAUCACCUGUGGUCAUCUGUCCAUGACCACAGUACCACCUGCCAUUUGUUGUGUAGCAGUUUACAGUCCAACGGAGAAUAUUGCUGAAGUAGGUGACAGAGGCUCUCGCUAUAUGACUAGGGGCCCUCCCAUUGAUGGCGGUGACCAAGGGGACUUUUCAGAGGCGGUGGCGACCCCAGUGGAUCUCCCAAGGGCGGCAGAGCCCCCUGGGGGCCUCGCAGGGACGGCAGCAACCCCAAGGGGCCUCCCAAAGGUGGCAGAGCCCCCAGAGGCCCUUCUAGGUGAAGUGGCGCUCCCAGGGACCCUUCCAGGGGCGACUGGGCCUCCAGAAGCCACCCCAGGGGCUGCGACGACUCCAAGUUCCCUUUCAGGUGCUUUUCCAGGGGCUCCAGCGCCCCCAGGGGACCUCCCAGGGGUAUCAGAGCCUUCAGGGGCAGUCCCGGGGGCGGUGGCGCCCCCAGGGGCCCUCCAAUGGACGACAGCACCUCUAGGAGCCCUCCUGGGGGAGGCAUCGGUCCCAGCAGCCCUUGCAGGGACCCAUCCCCCAAUGGUGGCGGCGACUCCAGGGGCACUCUCAGAUGCGGUAGCGAUCCCAGGAGCCCUGGCAGGGGUGGCAGCGCUUCCAGGGGACCUCCCAGGGCCGGCGGCGCCCACUGUCGCCCUCCCAAGGGCUGCGACGCCUCCAGGGGCCCUCCCAGGGGCGGUGGCUAUGCAAGGGUCCCUCUCAGAAGCCCUCUCAUGA